AUGGGUGAUAGAGAUAGUGCAUAUAAGUACAUUCUUGACAGAGAAGGAGAUCAUCAUCAUCAUCAUCAAGAUCACCAUUAUCAAGAUCAUGAAGUGAUCAAGGAGCAAGAUCGGUUACUCCCCAUAGCAAACGUAGGGAGGAUCAUGAAACAGAUUCUUCCCCCCAAGGCGAAAAUCUCCAAAGAAGCGAAAGAAACCAUGCAAGAAUGUGUGUCGGAGUUUAUAAGCUUCGUCACCGGCGAGGCCUCCGUCAGGUGCAACAGAGAGAAACGGAAGACGGUGAACGGAGACGACGUGUGUUGGGCGCUGGCGAGCUUAGGGUUUGACAACUAUGCUGAGCAGCUGAGGAGGUAUUUACAGAGAUACAGAGAGACGGAAGGAGAGAGAUCAAGUAGCAGCCAUAACCAGACGGUUGGUGCUUCCGACUCUGUAAACGAUAGAAGGAAAAUGAUUAACCUGUUUGGUAUUGAUGGCGAAGAUUAGAAGAUA